CCUGACAUUCCAUCGCCGCAUACAUCAUUCAUCAGAGGCCCAUAGGGUGUUUCGCGUGGCAGCCAUGGCGGUGCCCCUUGCGCAUUUCGAUGAUGAGUGCCACGAUUUUAAGGAAUUUGAGCCGGUUUCAGAGCAGGGGACUCGUAUGGACCGAGUAAAGUUGGUUGUCGAGCAGGUGACMGGCGUUGUGAUGGUCCUUCCAGAGCUUAACAGCUUUUCGGGCGAAAUGGGCAGUUUAAAGUCCAUGGAAGAUCUGGUGAACAAUUUCGACGAGAAAUUGACAGUGUGUUUCCGAARUUUCAACACCAAAACUGAGAACAUUGCCCCUGUAAACAUUAUCGCCGAGGAUACAACACUGAGGAACGACGAGAUCUGGAAUGCUCUUGCAGAUAAUUAUGGUAAUGUCAUGGCAGUGGACUGGAAACAGUCUAGAACGCGCUCCCUCCAUCUCCCCAGUCUAAACCUCGAAAACAAACCAAGGGUGGAUGAUGUAACACUGGAGCUGUCCGACGAUGAGGAGCUGAGGGAACAGAUGGACAUGCACACCAUCAUCGUCUCCUGCCUCAAUGACGAACCCCUCUUCACCGCAGAACAGGUUAUUGAGGAGAUAGAGGAGAUGAUGCAGGACUCUCCUGACCUGGAGGCAGAGCAGAACCACCCCUCUCAGUCAGACCUCGCCAUGCUCUCUCUGGACAUCCAGCGCCCCAGAACAAACCACAGCUAUGAAGAGCGAGAGAGGACCCUGUGUGUAGCAGAGCUGAAUGAGCGGCUAGAGGAGGUGGAGAUGGCCAUCAGACAUUACGGUGAGGAGCUGAUUCAACACCUGGCCCUCAGGGACGAACUGGACUUUGAAAAAGAGGUGAAGAACAGCUUCAUCUCUAUCCUGAUAGAUGUGCAGAACAGACAAAAGGAACACAAGGAACUACUGAAGAAAAAGAAAAAACUCAAGAGUGGUGCCGGGGCGCCGCAGGGCCGACCAGAGAGAACACAAGCACUAGGAUCACGCUUCAGCAUGGAGGGGCUCUCCUCUGCCAUUCAAAAUGGCUUCCGGCAAACUUUUGGGAGUGGUGACAUUGAAAGACAGGUGCCUAUAUUUCUCUCUUUCUCUCUGUCUGUUGCCCUCUUCAUUGGUGCUGUGUGUGUUUUUGUUGGUCAACUAGAUGGUAAUUGUACAUGAAGUACAAUUGGUGGGACUUGCUUUAACUCUUUAGAAGUAUUUUUGUGUUAGUGGUAGAAGUUUAAAACGUUUUACUUUACUAUUUAAAGCAAAGCAGUUGCAUAUAGUCAAAGUUUAUUGUAGUAAAAUAAUUACUUUGAUAAACUACUAUAUCAACCGUAUUGAUUUGGAUUGUAGGGCAGUUAGAUCACAAAAAUGUCUCAGUUACAGUUGUUGCGUGUGAAAACUAAAAGAAGAAACAUAUAGAACAAAGCAUUCUUUUGUUAGAAGAUGGGAAUAAAACGCAGGAUCAUGUGGACAACACUCUUAGGAAAGCAAAGAAACUCUGAAUCAAUCAUGCUGUGGGUUUCAGAUAAAUAGAUGCACGAUUUACAUUUGAAGUUUGAUUUUAGGUGAAUGAUGAUGUAAUGAUUAAAAAGUUGUACGCUAUUAUUUUGGGAGAGAAAUAUCUAGUGGUGACAACUCUUUAAAAGUAUUUGUGUGGUAGUUGAAGAACUACAGUGCCUUCAGAAAGUAUUCACACCCCUUGACUUUUUCCAUAUUUUGUUGUGUUACAGCCUGGAUUUUAAAUGGAUUAAAUUGCGAUUUCGUGUCACUGGCCCACAAUA